AUGUCCAACAGCAGCAGCUCCAUGACACAGUUCCUCCUCCUGGCAUUCGCAGACAGGCGGGAGCUGCAGCUCCUGCACUUCUGGCUCUUCCUGGCCAUCUCCCUGGCUGCCCUCCUGGCCAACGGCCUCAUCCUCAGCGCCGUAGCCUGUGACCACCACCUGCACACCCCCAUGGGCUUCUUCCUGCUCAACCUCUCCCUCACAGACCUGGGCUGCAUCUGCACCACUGUCCCCAAAGCCAUGCACAAUUCCCUCUGGGACACCACAACCAUCUCCUACACAGGAUGUGCUGCACAGCUCUUUUUCUUUUAUUUCUUCAUCACAGCAGAGUAUUUCCUCCUCACCAUCAUGUGCUACGACCGCUACGUUGCCAUCUGCAAACCCCUGCACUACGGGACCCUCCUGGGCAGCAGAGCUUGUGCCCACAUGGCAGCAGCUGCCUGGGUCACUGGGUUUCUCUAUUCUCUGCUGCACACAGCCAGUAUAUUUUCCCUGCCCCUGUGCCAGGGCAAUGCCCUGGGCCAGUUCUUCUGUGAAAUCCCUGCCAUCCUCAAGCUCUCCUGCUCACACUCAGGCUACCUCAGGGAAAUUGGGUUCAUUGGGGUUAGUGUCUGUUUAGUGUUUGGUUGUUUUGUUUUCAUUGUUUUCUCCUAUGUGCAGAUCUUCAGGGCUGUGCUGAGGAUCCCCUCUCAGCAGGGACGGCACAAAGCCUUUUCCACGUGCCUCCCUCACCUGGCUGUGGUCUCAAUCUUUGUCAGCACUUCGUUUUUUUCUCACCUGAAGCCCCCCUCCAUUUCCUCCCCAUCCCUGGACCUUGUGGUGUCAGUUCUGUACUCAGUGGUGCCUCCAGCACUGAACCCUCUCAUCUACAGCCUGAGGAACCAGGAGCUAAAGGAUGGCCUGAGGACAAUAAUGAGUGGAUGUUUUUCAGCAACAAUAAGCUCUGUGCUUUCUUCUGUCCAGCAUUUAAAAUGCAACUCAUGAGAGUCCCAGCCUGCCUUCUCAGCUUUUUAGUGGUGGUCACUGGGUUCCUCUUCUCAUAAUUUUGUGCUCAAAGAAAUUUUAUUAUUCAUCCCCCACCUCAUUCACUGCUUACCUCUUGAAUUUGAUCUAGAAACUCUGCAAAUGAUGAACUGUAUAUUCAUCUAUUUCUGUGUUUUAAACAAA